UUGGCAUCGGCAAACACAUGGAGCGCUAGGCGUUUAAAGCAGAGGGACCAACUUACGACGUACCUGAUUUUCUUCGCGGUGGACAGCUGCAGAAUUCUUUCGGUUUUAUAUAGAUAUCUAGGACUACGGAGCAGAACGCUGGGACUAGCAUUCCGUCGCUACAUUCCGCUAAACCCUGACCUUCAUCUGUAAGAUCACGGCAGACGCUGGGGCAGUUGGAGGGUUACAGGUUACUGCCGUUGUACGACUGAAAAGCUCCAGGGAAGAAGUUUGGUGUCCGUAAGCCGCAGAAGUACUGCCUCAUCUGAGAUGCCGUCUUCGUGAGGGCACAUUGAUCCGAAGGUCAAGGUCUUUCCCUCAGCAGAGCUCAUACCACUCUGACAGCUAAGCAGCUUAGCGGCUGAUGAGACGAGCCUGAGAAGAAACGAAACAGAGGCUCGUCCCUCAAUAUUAUCCCACUGCUUCAGUUUGAGGGAGAAGGAGUUCCACGUCCGGCUAAUGCCUGGACCACACCCCAAAUCCUCCUAACCCCCGGCCCUGCGAGGGACACAUCACUGAGCCGCAACACCCGCCGCACUGAAUUCUGGGUAACAGCAUGCCGGCCAAGACGCCCAUGUACCUGAAGACAUCCACCCCGAAGCGGGGCAAGAAGCUGAAGCUGCGGGACGUGCUGUCCAGCGACAUGAUCAGCCCGCCCCUGGGCGACGUGCGCCACAGCGCCCACGUGGGGCCGGAAGGGGAGGCGGACAUGUUCGGGGACGUGGGCUUCCUGCAGGGCAAGCUGGACAUGCUGCCGGCGCUGGGCCGCCCCCACUCGCGCUCCCAGAGCAUGGAGCGCCGGCUGGACGAGCCCUUCCCGGUGGACGGGAAGUACCACCACCGCAACAACACGCUCCUCAAGAGCACCAUCUCCAUGCCGGUGUUCCUGGCCCCAGAGCAGGCCCCACCCAAGCCGCCCCGCCUCCACCUGGAGGAGCCCGCGCCCCCUGCCCUGCACCAGCAGCUCCAGCAGCAGCAGCAGCAGCAGCGCUCCAUGUCCGUCUGCGAGGAGGGCGUGCCGCUGGCCGAGCGCUACGCCGGGCCCUGCCGCGACCUCAGCUACUCCGCCUCCAUCCCCGCCUUACGGCACCUCGUGCCCUCGUCCGGCUCCUUCUCGGAGGCCUCGUCGGAGGACUCCAUGCUGGACGGCUGCCCGCCCCUGGACCCGCGGAGGGGCCUGAGCUUGGACUCGGACGCGGGGCUCAGCAACGAGGACCUGCGCAGCGACCGCAGUGACUCCCCCGGCGUGCCCCACUCCGAGUCCCUCGUGGGCCUCGACCUGGACCUGGGCCCCUCCAUCCUGGAGGAUGUGCUGCGGAUCAUGGACCGCUACAAGACCGCCCAGGAGGGCUGUGAGCUGUGAGGUGUGGAGCGGGAGGUGUGGACUAGGAACUACAACCAUGUUCCCAAACAUUUGUGCCCCUUACCUGCUGCUCCCAUCCCCCAUGUGCAGCUGUACGUCUGACAGAGAGAAAAAAAGCAUCUAAUAGGUGUGACUUCAAUAAAUAUGAAGUAAAGAGACAGGACUCUCACUGAAUGACUGCUUGUCUAGAGUUCACUCAUAGCAGCUUCAGGAUGGGUUUCUAACUGAAGCGCUUAUACUAAUGGAUAACAUGGAUCCUUACAACUGUGACCAGCAAUAGUGCAUUUAUUUCCUUCUGUCAAAGUCUUAGACCUUCAUUAUUUGUCUUGAUCAAAAUGUUCAUGGAAUAAUUAGGUGAAAGCUGUCAGGGGUGCAUGUCACCAUUUGUACAAAUGGAAUCCCCUUAAAACACAGAAUCGUUCAGCAACCAUCUGUAAGGUUGUUGAUCCUGUGGUUUUUUAGGUCACUGGGUUACAGUGCAAGUUCUGUACUGCAAAAGCUGACACGUGAAUGCAUUUUGUAUAUUCAUUUCCUUUAAUUGUACAGAAAUGCUGAAGGAGUAAAAUAAGCCAUAACUUAAGAUGAGUUCUGGUUACCUUCAUUAGGGUGCCAUCUAGUGGUAGUUAUGGGAACAUGGUGGUGCUGCUGACAAGAUACCAUGUGCGCUGAACAACUAGUCAAAUAACUAAAAUUUAUAAGGUAAUCUGGAAAAUUAAGUGCAUUAGUGUGAGACAGCAGUAUGUCAAGUUAAAAGUGUACUUUAGGAUUUACUGAAUAGUUGGAU